GACACAUGCACCUCAAUUUCGGACCCGAAGAGCGACUAUACCUCCAGCGAGCAGCAUACGGGACUGCUGCCUUGGCUGGAGCAUAUGUUAUCCUACCGGCUCUCCUGACAAAAGGAGGAAGAGGAGGGAGCGGGGGUGUAGAGGGGGAGGGGGUGUGGGUACAUGGGUUGUAUAAUCCGAUGAAUGAUUGUUUUAUCAAUUCUGUUGUGCAGUGUUUGGCGGGACUCCCGUCGUUACGGCUGUAUUUGAGGAAGGUGCUGGAAACUCCGACACAGCCGGAACGGCGUCGAUUGACGGCAGCGCUACUGGAGCUCCUCACACUGCUCAAUACGCCAUUGCGCCGCCGUCAGUCGUCCUCAGCCCGCUCCUUCGUCACAAUCCUCGGCGACAUACAUAACUCCACUAUCUCCCGAAACCAACAAGACGCCCAAGAGUUCUUGAACUUGAUCACUGAGACGCUGCUUACGGAAUGGUCGGCUCCAUUGUUGACAGCGCCCAGAUUUUACCUCCCUUCCCCUACCGCCCGUUCCUUCACUGAUGCCCCUCGUGGUCUUCUCCACUGGCUACGCUCCCGGGACUCCAACAUACUCUUUGGUGUGAAGGACCUCUCCCACACCUGCCGACGCUGCAAACACACCACAAAAACUCGGGAAGAGGCAUUCACGCAACUCUCGCUACCAGUCCCAACGACGUAUGACGCUAGUUUAGAGGAGUGUCUAAGGGGUGUCUGGGCGGAUGAGCCCAUCGAAGGAUACUCCUGCACCCACUGCGCCCUUCUCAGCGCAUACCACACACUCCUCCGCACAGUAAAGGGGACCAGUACACCAUCGGCGUACCAUACGGCGCAAUUGGAGGCUCUCAGGGAGGCAGCGGGACGGCAGAUGGACGAGUUUGAGGAGGAGGGGGUUAGGGAGAAGUUUAGGUUGAGGAGGGUGGAGAGCGUUAUUGAUCGACAUACAAGGCUUCUGAGGGCGCCGGGUGUCUUGGUUGUUCACCUUAACCGGAGCGUCUAUCUCCCUAACGGGGAUACGGCGCGGAACCCGUGUCACGUAUCCUUUUGCGAGAAACUUUCUGUGGGAGGAGUGAAGUACAGGUUGAGAAGUUUGAUUACGCAUACGGGUUCUCACAGUUUCGGGCACUUUAUUGCAUGGAGAAGAGUGGAGGGGGAUGAGAAGCAGUGGUGGAGGAUGAGUGAUGAGGAUGUGAAGAGGGUUGGGUGGGGGGAGGUUAGGCGGCAGACGAGGGGGGUUUAUUUGCUGAUGUAUGAGAGGGAGGAGAAGAAAGCGGCAAGUGAUUUGGGGAGGGUGGAUUGAGUCGAUUUACAGAAAGUACGAGAACGGGCACGAUUGGAGUUUCCGCACGAUGACGGUGAGAUCCUCCGCGUGAGCUCAAUUGCCGUCUGCCCGAUCGGAUAUUGUCUACCGUUCGGCUACGUGCAACAGCGAAUUCUUCCGAGUCUUCGUUACAUUCCGUUUGCUCCCGAUCAAAAUGAACACCCAGCUCAUUUCCAAAAGUGGGGACGCGGCCAAACGGGACUGUGAACGACUCGUGUGACCUACCAGAGCCCGGAAGCACCCGAUUUCUGAGGCCGCUUCGGAGGAUCCUCGGCUCGAAUUCAAGCUUAAACCACGUAUCUUUUGUACGUCUACGGUUCGCUAAAAGGCCGGAUAGGUUUAAUUGGUUAUGUCACGUUCCGAGU